CCCUGGUGUGCUCAUUCCCCAGAAGACUUCCGACUACCUGUGGGAGCAGCUGGAGGACAGAGGAGAUUCUAGUGCUGAGGAAGUGAUGGACAUGGCUGGACUGUUACAAGAAGCAAGCAAAUGCCCCAUCUGCUCAGCCUAUCUUGAAAAGCCAAUAUACCUGGAAUGUGAAUGCAUUUUCUGCCUUAACUGUAUCUAUUCACUGCAAAUGGAGCCACAUGGGGAGUAUUUAUUUUGCUAUUUGUGCCCCAUGAUCUCUCGGAAAAACAACCUCAGACCCUACUGGCAGCUGGGGAAGCUGGUUUCCAAGAUCAAGGAGCUGGAGCCCCAUCUGACAACUAUUCUACAGAUGAACCCAAGGAUGCAGAAGUUCCAAGUGGAUGUGACCUUGGAUGUUGACACAGCCAACAAGUUCCUCCUCAUUUCUGAUGAUCUCAGGAGUGUCCGUUGUGUGCGCAUCAAAAAGAGUCAGCAGGACCUUGCUGAGAGUUUGCAGUUGCCACUUUGUGUCCUGGGUUCCCCUCACUUCACUUCUGGCUGCCAUUACUGGCAGGUGGACGUGGGAAUGAGCACACAAUGGGACCUGGGAGUUUGUAAAGAAUCUGUUCACUGGAAAGGAAAGAUCCAACUGACCACAGAUCUUGGAUUCUGGACUGUGGGUCUGAGGGGUGGAGGCUACUUUUCUGCCAGCACGAUGCCUCAGACUGCCCUCUGCUCAGAUACCAAGCUACAGAGAUUAGGGAUUUUUCUGGAUAUGGAUAUGGGAAACAUUUCCUUUUUUGAUGUUGACAAUGGAUCCCACAUCUUUACAUUCACCAGAGUUUCUGUUGAGGAGCCACUGUGCCCAUUUUUUGCUCCUUCAGUUCCACCUAAUGAUGAUCAGGGUGUCAUUAGAAUCUGUCCUGUGAUGAGCCCAGGCCUUGCUGAUCCUCCAGCCCAUCCUGGGGAGCAUGAAUAUUCCCCCCCACAGCAAAAAACAUGCACAGAAAGUUACUUUGAUUAG